UUUAGACUUCAUGGCAAUCGUCUAGUUCUAGUUCUAGUCUACUCUGUAUAUGUAACAAUGAUAUAUCCUUAUGUACGUGUUGAUAUCAUCUGUACCAUCCACUCUGUAGUCAACAUUUGAUGUGGCUGUUGUUUCAUUGCAUGCAUGCAUAUUAACAUUGUUGCAUCUCUUCACUUGGGGGCUGAUCCUGAACCAUUUGACAAGAACGCCGAAGGGUUAUCCAGUUGAAUUGCGUUCGGCGGGUACACCGGCUCAAAUCUGCCCUGCCUUUGCGCUGGGUUGGGUUGAGGCUGAAUAAAUGCCAACAGCCGCCGACGCCAUUUAUGCUUGAUUCUUAGCUUGGAGGACGGGUGGUUUUCACCACCGCUGGUUCUUGGCUUCUGAGCUAAACCCAGCCCUGUAACAUCCCCUGCCUGUGGCGAAGAGGCGCUCUUGAAGAACUCUACGUUUCUUCAGUAUAAAUGCCGGAGAGCUUCGUUUCUACCGGCGCAGGGUGGUGCCGUAUCAAUAAUUUCUUAUCCACGAAAUACGCCUGAAACUAGUUAGUCCCCGCAAGUUACCAUGCAGAGAAGAGUAUCUCACAACAAGUCGCGCAGAGGGUGCCUGAAUUGCAAGAAGAGGCAUGUAAAGUGUGAUGAGCAAGGGCCUCCUUGCGCGAACUGUGUUGUGCGGAAGAGUGACUGCGUGUAUCAGUUGCCCGCGACUAAGCCAAAAGUCACCAGAAAGAAGAGGACAACAAUUGCGCUAGCAACGCUCUCCAAAAACGAUUCAAGCAAUUCCCGGCAACAGUCUCCUGAGGAAAGGUCAGACUUACCGUCAGGACUGUCUUCGAGGACGGCCUCAAACUCCUCACUGGCCAUCCACCCGUCUUCCUCCCCUGUGACUUUUUCCAGUACAAUUGAAUCUAACAGAUUGUUGGAACUGGAGCUCUUGCAUAGAUGGACAACGAGGACCUGGAUGGGAUUAUACAGCAUCCCCGCAGAUGAACCAUACAUGCAAAUAAUACUCCCCCGCGCAGCCUUGAAAGAAGGUUACGUCAUGAAUAGCCUUCUCGCCGCAGCCGCAGUUGACCUUGCUCUAUCCUCCAACGAAUCUGAGUCUGCCACCUACCUCUGCGCAGCCCUGGAGUACAGCAACAAAGCCAGCGCAGGCUUCCGCUCCCAGCUCGAAAAUAUCAACCAGGACAAUCUCCACUUGCUCUAUCACCUCGCAGCGCUGUCAGCCAUCAUGCAAUUCGUCCUGCCAAACAGGCACCAGACCAUCCUAGAGCGUGUAGAGAUCUUCUUCAACCUGAUGCUUGGCGCCUUCAGCAUCGCAAUGUUUAACAUUAAGUGGUUAACAGACGCCCCAUGCUCGUCCCGCGACAUACUCAAGUACAUGCCAUUAUCUCUGGAUAUCCUGGACUCAGACACCAUCGCUGCACUGGAGAAACUCUCCACCGUCGCCCGCCAGAUCCGCGUUCCCGCCUCAAGCCCCAUGGCCAUUUACGCCGGGGAUGAAACAUCGCUGGCUAGCGAGGAAUAUUUGCUUACCCUCGCCCAGCUUAAAUAUUCCUUCAGGGAAGACGCCUGCGGGCGCGUCAAGGGGUACUUUUUGUCAAUGAUCGGCAUAGGUGGCCGGGAAUUUUUAACGGCAAUCAAGAAACGGGAGCCAAUGGCUUUAUUCAUGCUUAUGUAUCUGGGUGUCCUAAUGGAUAGAGCUAGCAAGGACUACAUGUCAUGGUGGGUGGGGCUGGCUGGGAGAGAGCUCAUCGAAGAGGUCUCGGGGCUUUUGGAACAUUCUUCUAUUUCUCAGAUUCCAGAAGGGCGUGAGGGGAUGUCAUGGACCCGACAGCAGGUUGGCUUGGCCCCUUUGACGACGAAUGAUGCUAUUGAGGAGCAAGCAUGUUGCUCACUUUCAGAAUUGUCGCUUGCAUUCCCUGUUGCCAUGUGAAUUGCCCCCUAUUUUCUCUAAAAGUCUUCCCGCCAGGUUUUCCUUUUCAUUUUCUCGCUACGAUUUGCCAUAGCGUCCGGUUCCUCAAAGUGAUUAUUGGCCUCUCUCUUACCUCCUCUCAACCAAAUCCGCGAUGCCCGAUGCCCUUUCCUGCACAUAUGGUUGACAUUUAGUUCAAAAGCGUGUUUUGAUAACACCUCUUUGCGCUUUGAUUGGAUACAUGUGCACGAAUAGGACUGCUAUGCAAUAGAGCAUCAUACACCCCGUUAAUUUAUGUCGUAUAGAAAUAAGCAGCAUCCCUGUGAAAUGCAAUGUCCGUUCCUUGGUUUCUGAAUUUAGUGUCUCUUUGGGCUCAGGUGUUCUUUAGAGAUGGAGUGAAACAUGACCAAACGUUCCAAGCGGUUGGGAGGGCCCUACUGCAACGGAUCGCCGGCUAAUUUUGGAGAUGGGGUAACUGCCGGUCUGCAAGGCACGCCAAGAGAUUCCGUAAUGUACAUUACAUACAUACAUUUUAUUCAGGUCGCCGGCAGGCUGCUCAUGAGCGGUCAGCUGAAAUGAAUAUUAUGGCCCGUGUGGUGUGCAACCGCUUCAAGGACGCCUUGCUGCGCCACUAACUCCGGCAAGAUAAUCGAGUGGGGGCAACCAGAGAGAUUGUAAUAGCCCGAGGGGCUGGUCCUGAUGAUGACGCUGAAAAUAAUAAAAUAUUCUAAUACGCAUAGAAAGAAAAAAUCGGGGUAGGGCGGUUUGAUUACCAUUGCAGAUCAAACUGGUCAUCACAGAGAUCGCAACCACAAUCGCCUCCUGAGGAGCAAUAAAUUCCCCCUUCUUCCGCCGCGUAAAUACGCAUCGUCAUAUAAGUUCUCCGCCUGGCACUCUCUGCGUUCUGGGUUGUUGCUGUCAGUGUUCACAUAAAUGACGUCCUGGCUGAUGCGUUUGCGAGCCGGUCACCUAGCUAGGUAUUUUCAGUUUAACAGGCUGGUCCUAGCCCGGAAAGAAAUUCCAUCUCUCCUUCCAAUGGAGCUUUCUUCAAGGGUGCAGCUUGGACGUCCGCCGAAUUAAACUGUGCUUUAUGUAUGUCAAAAAGACAUGUAGGGUGUGUCACGAUUGGUGGAGCUGCGCUGGAGUCGACAGUUUUCGCAUAAAAAGGCUGGAUAUAAACACAGCCUUUCGUUUAAAAAAGAAAAAAAAAGAAGGGUUGCACUAGUAGAGAUGUAGAGAUUAAGCUCAUGAAUCGAGUUGUUGAUGUGGUAUCAUCAAUGAUAGUCUUCCUCUACAUUCUGCACUCUCCGAGACCGAAACCCAAGGGCGCUGGUCUAAGACAAGAGCCGACCUUAGCUUACAACGCUGACAUACAAACACUAUCGGCCC